AUGACUGCAGAUUCGGCUGCAAAUUCAUCAAAAUACAGACAGAUUAAAGCUCAUGCAGCUUCUGAAAUUCAAGUGGAUGAAGAUUCUACCACCAAAUGUAUCGAAAACUUCAUGGCUGUUUCUGCAUCAGUACCAGAAAGUGAAAAUUCAUACUUGGAAGAUGAACUCAUGCAGACACCAAAUGCUCUAAAACAAAAACAACCAACAUCAGAAGGGCGUCCUCUCAAAUCAUCAUCAUUAUUCUCACCAAGGGCAAUAAUUGGUGCUGCUCCAGAUGGAUUAAAAUAUGUCAGUGAAAUGGAGUCAGGCCUUCUCUUAUUUACUACAAGGAAGGAGAUCGUUCGGUUGUUAGGUUCAUGGCUGAUUGAGAAAUUUUCUCCUGAUGAAUGCAAGCCACCAUUUCAUGCAAAAAUUAAGCGUGCUAAAGCUCUCAUUGAAGAGUUCCCGCUGCUUCGAGACAGUGAUAGAGCAGAAUUUGAAGCAUGGUAUUCACCUGCAAAGGGAAAAAAAGAGGCCACUGGGUACAUUGAGUACGGAAUAAAAAAUGUCCGCAGAAGAGCUCUUAAGAAAGCACCAGUUAUCAAAACGUUCUCACCUGCUUCAUCAUUAGAGAGUAGUUUUGUUGAAGACUUAGCAGGUGAUAAAGAUGGUGAGGAUGUGUUGGAAAAAAAGGAAUGGCUGAAGUACAACACUGAACCAAUAAAACUAGUUGACAAUUACAUGGCAGCUACUGCUAAGCAUCGAUGUCAGUGGAUUCGUGAAAAUACUGAUAUUCCUGAUCGAUUCUGAAUGAAUAUCCACGGUCAUUGCUUCUUGACGGAAAGUAUCUUUUCGUUGAUGACGGUUGACUCGGUUACACCAAUUACUUUCUCGUCUUCUUCCAACACGCUGUCACUGAAAUUAAGAUGAAUUAGUUAAUUUGUUAACAAUCUCACAUGAUUUCUCUUAUUAGUAAUGGCUUCACCGAUUUUCGUAGCCUAAUUGUAAACAUUUAUACAGUACAGUAUUUUACUUACAGUAUCUAAUUAUUUAAUUAACUCAGCAGUAGCACAGGCAUUAGUGUCACUUUUAUUUUUUUAAUGUAGCAUACAAAGACAGUCAUCGAUUGCUUAAAUAGAAACGUAAUGUUUUAUUAGAGCUUAGGCAUAAUUAUGUAUUGACUUGUUAUCUUUAACUUUAAAAACUGAUUUUAAUUAUUUAAAAAAUCGCUACACUAAAAUCGAUUGAACACAACCAUAUUAUAAACGCAACAGAAUUAAUUAAACGUGAUGCUUUAGUAUUAUAAAUAUAUAAUAUGCAGUACUUAUAUUAGCUGAUAACUAAAUAACUGUAGAGCAUGUAGCCUAUAUAGUAUAGUAUGGUGCUGUAUAGAAAAGCGUACAUAUAUUAUAUACAGUAUAAUAUAUAAUAUUUAUAUUAUAAACAAUGCUCUAUAGCUUAGUAUUGAGCAGUACGCAAAUCAAA